AUGUAUCUCCUUCGAAUCGAACCCAACCGCGAAGUGGCUAUUGUCGAAUUCAUAUCCGGCUUACAAGUGCCCGAGUAUGCCAUACUGUCGCACACUUGGGAACCCAACCACAAGGAUGAGGUGAUCUUUCGCGACUUUGCAAUCCUGGAGGAGGACCUAGACACCGGACAAGACGUCAGAUUCUGCACACAGCGGGGGAAAGAGAAGACGGGAUACCGAAAGAUUAGAUUCUGUGCCGAGCAGGCCGAGCGCGAUGGCUUCCAAUACUUCUGGAUCGAUAGCUGUUGCAUCGACAAGGCCAACGCUGCCGAGCUUUCCGAAUCGAUUAAUUCCAUGUUCCGUUGGUAUCAGGAAGCCAUAAGAUGCUACGUGUACUUAUCCGAUGUCUCCAAAUCCAGUAACGAUGAUGGCUUGAUGGGAACAACUUGGGAGGACGAAUUUCAAGGGAGCAGAUGGCACACUCGGGGUUGGACGCUGCAGGAACUUCUUGCAUCGACUGUUGUCGAUUUCUUCUCUUCCGAUGGCCAUCGACUCGGGGACAAGCAAUCUCUCGGACAAAUGAUCCACGACAUUACGCACAUUCCGAUCGAGGCCCUCCAUGGUCGCCCACUUUCCAAGUACACCAUAGCCGAACGCAUAUCGUGGGGUCGCAACCGCCAGACAACGAGAGGAGAAGACAAGGCCUACUCGUUGUUGGGCAUAAUGAAUGUCACCAUAGGCGCAAAUUAUGGAGAAGGGGAAGAGGGCGCGUUCAAGAGACUCCAUCGCGCAAUCCAAGAUGAUCAAGACAUUCCGGUCCGCGACCCCGAACUUAAGAAGAGUCUUGAUGAAUGCCUUGCAAACCUGCGGCUUUCUGAUCCGCAAGACGACAAAUCGCGCAUUGAGGCGACAAAGGGUGGUCUGUUCAAAGACGCCUACCGCUGGGUCUUGGAGAAUCCAGACUACAAGAAAUGGCGUUUUGAUCAGGAAAGUCGCCUGCUCUGGAUCAAGGGCGACCCCGGAAAAGGCAAGACUAUGCUUCUCUGUGGACUUGUCGACGAGAUGAGCCUUUCUCCGACUUCAAAUCUGGUUCACUACUUCUUCUGCCAAGCUACCGACUCAAGACUGGACAAUGCCGCAGCAGUCAUUCGUGGCUUGAUGUAUAUGCUUGCCAAAAACGAUCGCUCGUUGCUCAAGCACGUGCACGAGGAGUGGAGGGUUGCGGGGAAAGCACUGUUCGAAGACGGCAAUGCUUGGCAAGCCAUCACCAGGAUAUUCACAGCCAUGACGCAAGAGCAACAGACUGCGAAGCUCGUCUUUGUCAUUGAUGCGCUCGAUGAAUGCCUAAAAGACCUGCCCAAGUUGCUCGACUUCAUCGCUCAGCAAUCCCGCCAUGGUCACGCGAAAUGGCUGGUAUCUAGUCGCAAUUGGCCCUCGAUUGAGGAGAAACUCAAUGCCACCCAUCAACGAGUACGACUCAGUCUAGAGCUCAACGAGGCGUCCGUAACUGCUGCCAUCGAGACGUACAUUCGCUACGAGACAGAGCUCCUUGCAAAAUCCAAGAAUCUUGAUGAGCCCAGGAAAAUGAAGAUUCGAGAGUACUUGACCUUGAACGCGAACUACACGUUUCUUUGGGUAGCCUUGGUAUGCCAACGACUCAAGGAUCCAAAAGUCCGGCGCGGAUCUAUCAUGAAAGAACUGCAGCAGUAUCCUGCAGAUCUGUAUCCUCUGUAUCAAAGAAUGAUGGAGACGAUUGACACGCUGCCCGAUGCCGAACUCUGUCACGAGAUUCUUGGGGUUGUCUCGGUAGUUUACCGGCCCAUCGACCUUCGCGAGCUCAACGUUCUCUUGGAGUCAAAUUCCCUUGACGAUCUCGAUGAUCUGAGGGAGGUCGUUGAUUCAUGCGGCUCUUUCUUGACUAUCAGAGAUAAUACUGUUUACUUUGUACACCAGUCUGCCAAAGACUUCUUGGUGACCGAGGCAAUCCAGCUUGUUUUUCCUCGUGGAAUCAAGCAUAUGCACUUCUCCGUUUCCAAGGCAUCAAUUACGGCACUCUUGCAAGGUCUCCAUCAAGACAUCUGCGCUCUUCGGAAGCCGGGCACAUCUGUCGAGGAGAUUUCAUCUAAAUCGCUGAGUUCAUUAGUACCAAUACAAUAUUCUUGCGUCUACUGGGUAGACCAUCUCACCGACGGAGAGUUGCACAAUGGUUAUAUGGACUCCAUCCGCAACUUUCUGGAGCAAAAGUACCUCUAUUGGUUAGAAGCUUUGAGCUUAAUUCGUGCUCCGAUCAGCAUUCCCGCACUAUCAAAGCUUUCGCGGUUUAUAAAGUAUUACGGAACUAUAAUUAGCCAAUACCCGCUUCAAACAUAUGCUGCAGCGCUUGUUUUCAGCCCUUCAAAGAGUGUAAUUUGGAAAUUAUUCCAAAAACAAAUGCCGGAUUGGGUUUCUUUCAAGCCGCGAACCCAAGAACAUUGGAGCGCAUUGCAACAAACAUUAGAGGGUCAUACGGAUUAUGUCCUGUCGGUCGCAUUUUCACCGGACGGCCGGCAGGUGGCAUCGGCCUCAUAG